AUGGAUGUUUUUGCAUGGACUUACAAUGAAAUGCCAGGACUAGAUCCAAAGAUUGUUGUCCAUCACUUGUCUAUCAAACAUGGGGUACGUCCCAUAAAACAAGCUCAAAGACGAUUUCGACCGGAAUUAGUCCCGAAAAUUGAAAAUGAAGUCAAUAAACUUAUUGAAGCUAGAUUCAUUCGAGAAGUUAAAUACCCGACAUGGAUUGCCAAUAUUGUCCCAGUGAUGAAAAAAAAUGGGCAAUUACAGGUCUGUGUUGACUUCCGAGAUUUAAAUAAAGCAUGUCCAAAGGAUGAUUUUCCAUUGCCCAUCACGGAGCUAAUGGUUCAUGCAACUACCGGACACGAAGUGUUAUCCUUCAUGGAUGGUUCGUCUGGAUACAAUCAAAUUCGGAUGAACCCAAAGGAUGAGGAAUUCACUGCAUUCCGUACUCCAAAAGGAAUAUAUUGUUACAAAGUUAUGCCUUUUGGAUUGAAGAAUGCCGGAGCCACAUAUCAACGUGCCAUGCAGAAGAUCUUUGAUGAUAUAUUGCAUAAAAAGGUGGAAUGUUAUGUGGACGACUUAGUCGUAAAGACCAAAAACCGAAAAGAUCAUUUAGAUGAUUUACGGGUUAUCUUUGAAAGACUUCGUCGAUUUCAAUUAAAGAUGAAUCCUCUCAAGUGCGCCUUUGGUGUCACUUCUGGAAAAUUUCUUGGCUUCAUCGUAAGGCAUCGAGGUAUUGAAAUUGAUCGAACAAAAAUCGACGCCAUUUUAAAAAUGCCAGAACCGACUAACUUACACGAGCUAAAAAGCUUGCAAGGGAAGCUCGCGUAUAUUAGAAGGUUUAUUUCAAACCUUGCUGGACGAUGCCACCCAUUCAAUAAGUUGAUGAAAAAAGAGACUUCUUUUAAAUGGGAUGAUACUUGUCGGAAUGCCUUUAAUAAUAUCAAGGAGUACCUCCUACAUCCGCCUGUAUUAAAGGCACCAAUUCCAGGUAGACCAUUAAUCCUAUACAUUGCUGCCCAAGAGCGAUCAUUAGGAGCACUGCUUGGACAAGCGGAUGACGAAGGGAAAGAAAGCGCAUCAUACUACGUGAGUCGUACAUUGGUAGGUGCGGAGCUAAAUUAUUCACCAAUUGAAAAGGUGUGCCUAGCAUUAGUCUUUGCAACAAAAAAGCUAAGACAUUAUAUGCUUGCACAUGUUAUUCAUUUGAUCUCAAAGGCGGAUCCACUUAAAUUCAUCUUGUCAAGACCAGUCUUAUCUGGAAGAUUAGCAAAGUGGGCCCUUCUUCUAUCAGAGUUUGAUAUUACUUUUGUACCUCAAAAGGCUAUAAAAGGACAAGCUUUAGCGGAUUUCCUAGCGGACCAUCCGAUUCCAGCAGAGUGGGAGCUUCCAGAAGAAUUCCUGGAUGAAGAAGUUUUUUUCACUGAUGUAAUACCAUCAUGGAAAUUAUUCUUUGAUGGUGCUGCACGAAAAUAUGGUGCAGGAGCUGGGGUAGUUUUUGUUACCCCUCAAAAUGAAGUCAUGCCUUUCUCCUUCACAUUGAUGGAGAUGUGUUCCAACAAUGUGGCGGAAUACCAAGCCUUGAUAAUUGGCUUGGAAAUGGCUUUAGAGAUGCAGCUCGGACAACUCGAAAUUUUCGGAGAUUCUAAGUUGGUUAUUAAUCAACUUUUAUCAAAAUAUGAAGUCCGGAAGAUCAAUUUAAUUCCUUACCAGAAGCAUGCUGCAAAGCUCUUGGAAAAAUUUGACAUGGUUAAUAUUAUUCAUGUCCCAAGGAAUGAAAAUCGACAAGCAGAUGCAUUGGCUAACUUAGCUAUUGUAUUGGCUAACUCCGAUAAAGAUAUCGCGAUUAUGUCCAUUUCUCAAAAAUGGGUAAUUCCAUCAUGGACACCUGAAGAUGAAACAGAAGUUCAUAAUAUCUCAGUUGAUACAACUGAAAAUGAGGAUUGGAGAUUCAUAUACUACAAAGAUACGCUUUAUCGGCGUUCUUUUGAUGGUGUAUUUCUUCGAUGCCUAAGCAAAGAAGAAGCGAAUCAAGUAUUGGAAGAAGCUCAUUCCGGGAUAUGUGGUGUUCAUCAGUCCGGACCAAAACUUCACUUUCGAAUAAAAAGGAUGGGAUAUUAUUGGUCAACCAUGGUGAAAGAUUCCAUGGAAUAUGCUAAAAGAUGUGAAGCUUGUCAAGUUCAUGCGAACUUUAUACACCAACCACCGGAACCCUUACAUCCGACUGUUGCUUCAUGGCCUUUUGAUGCCUGGGGUUUGGAUGUUGUAGGACCCAUAACUCCAAAAUCGUCUGCUGGCCAUUUGUAUAUCUUGGCAGCUACAGAUUAUUUCUCAAGAUGGGCGGAAGCACUUCCAUUAAAAGAAUUUCAUUUUGUCCAACAUAAUUCCUCCAUGUACAACGCAACAGCAAAUGGACUUGCAGAAGCCUUUAACAAAACUCUCUGCACUUUGCUAAAGAAAGUUGUCUCCAAGUCAAAGAGGGAUUGGCAUGAAAGGGUAGGAGAAGCUUUGUGGGCCUACCGAAUAACUUAUCGAACACCAACACAAGCCACACCAUAUUCUUUGGUUUAUGGCGUUGAAGCAGUAAUACCACUGGAAUGUCAAAUUCCGUCUCUCAGGAUUGCUAUCCAAGAAGGCCUUACUACAGAGCAAAAUGCUCAAUUAAGGUUGGAAGAACUUGAGUCCUUAGACGAAAGAAGAUUGGAAGCUCAAAAGCGACUGGAAUGCUAUCAAGCUCGUAUGUCCAGAGCUUUCAAUAAAAAAGUACGUCCUCGAUCAUUUCAAAUAGGAGACUUGGUCUUAGCUAUAAGGAGGCCGAUUGUGAUCACUCGACGGACUGGGGGCAAGUUCCUACCCAAAUGGGAUGGACCAUAUGUAGUCACGGAAGUCUACACAAAUGGUGCUUAUAAAAUUAUUGACAAGGACGGUCUACAGAUCGGACCUAUCAAUGGAAAAUUCUUGAAGCGUUUUUACGCUUAG